AUGGAGGAUCCGCAACCCUGCUUCGACCCGUCAAAGGACGAUAUGAGCGUGAACGGCGAUGGUGACCCGAUGGAGACAGACAAUACGGCGACGAGAGCGCCCUCGACGGCGCACGACUCGGCUACAGCGUCCACCAGCACUCCCUCCGGCCCUACACCUCUCGCCAGCCAGCGCUCCUCCGCCUCGCUCGCCUUAUCAGCUCCCAAUGAGAUCACGAUCGACAGUACCGACACAGACGCGUCUCUCUCUUCCGACUCGGUCGAAGUCAUCAGCGGCGUCUCCUCGGACGAAGAGCAGUCGGGAGGUAUCAACGGCUUCUCAGCGGGUCCUCAUCCGUUCACCACCCCUAGCCGGUCCGCUCGCCCGCACAGAGGCGUCCCAUCUAUGCUCUUUAGCUCGCCUCCCAAGGCGGCAGCAGGCGAACUCGAUUUGGCGGCCGUCCCGCCUGAUUACCCGCUCCCUCGCCCACCAUUCGCAUUCGACGUCCUCAACCACGCACCUUCUCGCCACCCUGGUUCCCCGCCGUCAUGGCAGUAUCUGCGCGACAUGACCUCCGAAGAGCGGCACGAGCACCAGAGGCGGGAGGAUGAGCGGAAGAAGCGCGAGCGAGACCAACGGCAACUUCGCGAGGAGUGGGAGUGGGAAUGGGUCCGCUGUGCGACGACCAGUCCUGGAACGCCUGCAAAAGGCAAGGAGCAGAAAGACUUUCAUUCGGCCUCCUUCUUCCCUUACGCGCACCUACCUGGCCUCGGGUAUAUGGAGGGCGUCUGUGCUGUUAUCGGCGGCACCGAGGUCCGUCUCAUGCAAAUCUCGACAGUCCCGCCGAGUCGAACGGUCGUGCAAGAAGUCGCAACACCAUAUCGACGGCCAAACGUCCACCAAAUCCACCCGGAUCACGAGGAGUACUUCACCUGCGCCUGGUCGGUCAACAUCUCGACGCACCCCUACACGCCCAUGCUCGCCGUCGCAGGUCGCGGUCGACUUGUCGAGGUCUUCUUGGUCGGUCGUCGGGCUGGUGGAAAGUGGAUCUUGCAUCAUGACAGGACGAUCACGGGGCACGGGGGGCCGAUUUUCGACCUCGCCUUCCACCCUUCCCACCCGCACAUGCUCGCCUCUUGCAGCGAAGACAAGACGAUCCGGCUCUGGGAUGUGACAGUAUCCUGGGGUUCGAACGCCGCCGUUGCGAAGCAAACGCCGAGCCAUCCAGCUUCCAUCACAGCGCGGGAAAGACCGCGGGUGGAGGGAGAGCUGCUGGCGGUGUUGGCGGAAGGGGGGCACGAGAAGGCUGUCUUGUCCUGCGACUUUCGCGCCGUCCAACCUCUUCUCGUCUCGAGCGGCGCCGACGGAUUCAUCAAGGUCUGGAGGUUACCUCCGAACAUCUUCUCCGCUACACCUCACUGGCCUUCUGCCCCGCUCUACCGGCCUCCAACAUCUCCGCCGCCGCCUUCGAACGCGCCAGUCCUCGGUCCGCCCAUCUUCUCUUCCUACGCCGUCCAUCCCGGCCAAUGGCCCGAUCAAGUUUCCUUCCUCUCCGCCUCCUCCUGCACGAUCCUCUCCAAAGCCGCCGUAUCGCAUGAUUCGUCACGCUUCUCGCCUCGCACAAGCGUCAAGAUCUGGGUGCCGACCAUCCUCGACGUCCUGCCGGAUGCAAAGGCGGAGAAGCGACGAGCCGAAGUCGAGCGGUCGCGUAGCGAAGCGUCCACGGCGGAUCCUUGCCAGGUCCCGCGACAGACGGACGAGCGACCGCCUCUUCCGAUCGACGCACGGAGCGAAAGCGGGUUCAGGGUCAUGUACGAGGCGAUUCUCGAGGGUCAAAACUGUGUCGGCGACACGGUCGGCAUCUAUCGUCGACCUCCGACGCUCGAGACAGGGAGAGGACCUGCGGACGUCUUCUUCGUUGUCCCGACCUCGACGCGGAUGCCUCUCUUUGAGGGGAUGGACGGACGACACGGCGAACCUGCGCUCUACUUCUUUCGCCCGUUUGCCCCACCAGAAGCACCGGUAUCCGCCGACUCGCCUUCAGAGUCGCAACGAAGCGCGAGUAUCGGCGGCAGCGGCGACAAGCGAACCGCCAGCAAGGAGUCGGUGGACCAGAUCGCAAAGACACUCUUCCCUCCCGACCGCGAUCGCCUCGCCCACGACUUCACGCCUCGGCUCCUCCCCUCCGCCGUCACCGACAUCUUUACGCUGAGCCAGCAGCAGUCGAAUGCCCCGCUGCCGCAGAUUCACUUCCGCUGCAUCGCCGUCCAGCCGAACGGGGCGGCCUCGAUCGUCGGCGUUGGCGAUGGUGGACUCGUGUCAGUCUGGAAGAGGCAGAGAAGGGUCAAGUAG